ACUUUCUUCUAUACUUUCAAGCAUUAAGAAGUGUUACUUUGUGAUUUAUCUUUUUUUUUUAUAUUGUUCAUAUAUUUGAUUUCUUUUACAGGUCAAUUUAAUCCUAAAAGAUAUUUUUUUAAAGGCACUUGCAGAGCUACCUAUAAUUGUUGUCUUGAUGUACCAGCUAUAUAAAAUGAGUGUUCAUAAAGAUGUCGAAGAAUUUUAUAUCUUAGAUAAUGACAACUAUUACUUUACAACCCACAGCUCAACAGAGAAUGUUGUGAAUGAAUAUUCCUCACAGUUUGCUAAAGGAAUGAUAGGAUUGUUGUGUCUAUGUCCGCAAGAAGUGGCCAACUUGCUCAAAGAAUUGCUUGUAGCAGCCCGUCAUAUUUUAGCCACAGAGCUAAGAGAUAAAUACAAAUUGUUCCGUGUGUGAUGGUUGCAUCUUUCGAAGGUUUUCUUUAUCUAUGAACUGAACGUUGAAAUGGGAGGAGAUCGUAUUUAAAUAAAACCGCACAGGUAGAAAAUAUUUGCUUCUUAAAAAUAAUAAUAAUAAACAUGAAUUGUGUAUUAUUCUCUUCAGAGUUUGGAAUUUUUUUGCUAGUAAAACUUCCCAUAAAAACUGUGGUUGGUUAGAUUUAAAGACAUCAAAACUAUCUCAAAAUUUUUUUGUUCGUAGUUAGACUUUUUUUUAUAUAUAUAUUCGUCGUUGAACAAUCUACCCAAUUUUGGGUUUACGACUACUGCUAAUGUUCAAUUCCGUAGCCUUGUAAUGUUGAAAUAAUCCAGAAUACAAUGAAACUCCUGUAUCAGUACUCCCAGAGGUAUGAUGUGUUAUCGGAACAUGGAGGACUUUGUGACUCGACGGAUUUAACGUGCAUCUGUCACCAUUUACUACACCAGGAGUCUUCGGCCGGCGCAGAUCGAACCCACGAACUCUUAGUGCUCCAGUGCCCUACCAACCAAACUAUUCCAGCCUCAUAGUUAGA